UCUAAGAUGGCCUCAGAGUCUGUGAAGGUGGUUAUUAGAUGCCGGCCAUUGAAUGACAGAGAGAAGGCACUCAACUGUAAGCUGGUGGUGUCUGUUGACGCCAGCCACUGUCAGUGCUUUAUUGAGAAACCGGGAGCUGCUGAGGAGCCACCCAAACAAUUUACGUUUGAUGGGACCUACUACAUCAGUCAAACCACCGAGCAGAUGUACAACGAGAUCGCGUAUCCUCUGGUUGAGGGGGUAACUGAGGGAUACAAUGGGACAAUCUUCGCCUAUGGACAAACAGGGAGUGGCAAGUCGUUCACCAUGCAAGGUGUGGCGGACCCCCCAGCUCAGAGAGGGGUCAUACCAAGAGCGUUUGAGCACAUUUUUGAGACAAUCCAGUGUGCAGAAGACACAAAAUUCCUUGUGCGGGCCUCAUACCUCGAGAUCUAUAAAGAGGAAAUAAGGGACCUUCUGGGGAAAGACGCCAAACAGAAGCUGGAGCUGAAGGAGCACCCGGAGCGGGGUGUGUAUGUGCGAGACUUGUCCAUGCACACGGUGCACAGUGUGGCGGAGUGUGAGCGGAUCAUGGAGCUAGGCUGGAAAAAUCGCUCAGUGGGAUAUACGCUCAUGAACAAAGACUCAUCUCGCUCCCACUCCAUAUUCACCAUCCACCUGGAGAUCUACAACACAGAUGCUGCGGGUAAAGACCACUUGCGAGCUGGCAAGCUCAACUUAGUGGACCUGGCCGGCAGUGAGCGCCAGUCCAAGACCGGCGCCACAGGGGACCGUCUUCAAGAGGCCACCAAAAUCAACCUGUCCCUGUCUGCGCUGGGCAACGUCAUCUCGGCGCUGGUUGAUGGACGCUCUAAGCACAUCCCGUACCGCGACUCCAAGUUGACGCGGCUGCUGCAGGACUCUUUGGGUGGUAACACACGCACACUCAUGGUUGCCUGCCUCUCUCCUGCUGACAACAACUAUGAGGAGAGCCUGAGUACCCUGCGCUACGCUAACCGCGCCAAGAGCAUCCAAAACCGCCCCCGCAUCAACGAGGAUCCAAAGGAUGCCCUACUGCGAGAGUACCAGGAGGAGAUCAAGCAGCUACGGGCACUCAUCUCUGGCCAGCUGGGCACUGCCAGCCUCAACUCUUUGUUAGCAAGUCAGAAGUCAGAAGGGGCCUCAGCUCUCCAGUCCAGACCCCAGAGCAGCACUGUGGAGAGUGAAGCAGAGAAGGAGAAGAUUAAACAGGAGUAUGAAGAGAAGCUCGCUCGGCUGCAGGCGGACUACGAUGCAGAGCAGGAAUCCAAAGCUAAGCUGCAGGAGGACAUCACUGCCUUGAGAACAUCCUAUGAGAUCAAGCUGUCCAGUCUGGAGAGGUCCAAAGCUAGCGGAGCACAUAAUACUGAUAACUCUUGCAGCGAGGAGGUCAGUCCUCUCAAUGGGUCAACACCCGAACCCUCACACGCUGCCCAAGAAGAAAUCAAAGUACAGGAGUAUGAAUGCUCUCAGGAGAGCGGCAUCAGAGUGGGUCCAGGGGGAGAGCCAGUGGUUGUUGCUACACCAGGCCCGCUGGACCAGAAACAUGUUUUGGAGAGGCUUCAGCAACUGGAGCAGGAGUUUGUAGGGGGCGAGCAGGCCCGGAAUGAGGAGCUGAGGCAGCGUCGGAGGCAGAGAAAGACUCUGGCCAACCAGAGGAAGAAGCAGCUGAUUGAGGCGCUGAGACAGGGCAGUGAAGACGGCGAUAGUGUGCUGCUCAACGUCUAUGACUCCAUCCAGGAGGAGAUCCAUGCUAAGAACAAACUGCUGGAGAACAUGCAGAACAAGCUCAAAGCCGCCAAGCUGGAGAUCCGGGACCUGCAGGCAGAAUUUGAGACAGAGCGGGACGACUACCUCGCCACCAUCAGGCGUCUGGAGCGCGAGACGCAGCUGCAGCAAGCCAUCCUGGAGCGCAUGGUGGGCUUGGUACGUCGAGACUGCAACUACAGCAACCUGGACCGUCUGCGGAAGGAGGCAGUAUGGGAUGAGGAGAGCGGUGUGUGGAGGCUGCCUGAAGUGCUGGUGCAGAAGACAGCACUACCUGCAGCAGUUCCUCCUUCGGCCGUGAGCAGCUCCUCCAGACUCCCAGCACGCAGGAACUCGGCCUCAGACUCAGCAGAGCCCUUCAUGGAAGAAGAGGACCGUUAUAAGGAGAUGCUGAACCGGAGUGACAGCGAACACAUUGCCAGUAAUUACUUCAGGAAGAAGAGGACUACUCCACUUUUCGCAGGAGAUGCUAGCAAGAGCCUGGGUAAUGGACCAUCCCACCAGACCUCCAGCAGCUCCAACCUUGCAGCCGAGGCCCUUCUGCCCCGCCCAUUUCGCCUGGAGUCUCUGGGCAUCCUGCCUGUCAGUGCCAAAGCCAAGCGCAAGAAGAGCAAAACACAGAUCCUCUGUGAUGGCAACUGACCAGUGAUGACCCAUUUUUGCUUUUUUUUUUCUUCAGGGAGACCGUGCUGACCUUUGUGCACUCUCAAAUGUCAGAACACAAACUUUGCUGCUAAAGAGCUGUUAUUUGUUGUAAAUACAAAUUAUUGUUUUGUUUUGGUAGAUUAUUACUCUACAAAUACAUGAUACACCGAUCAGGCAUAACAUUAUGACCACCUCCUUGUUUCUCAUUGUC